AUGGACCUGUUCCAGCUGUACUUUGCCAGGGAUACCAUGAAGACACUCUGCAAAAACACCAACAAGCAGGCAGCAAAAAAACAGGAAAUGGGGAAUAAGUACAAAUGGACUGAUGUUGAAGUUGAGGAACUAUACAAAUACCUAGCCACUGUCAUGACAAGAGACCGAUUCAGGGCGUUAUCUUGGAACAUCCACCUCAGUGAUCCAGAGGAGGAUGUCAGAAAUGACCAGAAGAAGGGAACACCACAGCAUGACAAGCUGUUCAGAAUCCAACCACUGAUGGAUGACAUUCGGAAUGUCUGCAAGGCUCAUUACCACCCAAGGAAGGAACUGGCAGUCGAUGAGAGAAUGGUGGCAACCAAAGCAAAAACUGGCAUGACCCAAUAUAUGAAGGACAAACCAACAAAAUGGGGGAUCAAGCUGUUUGUGUUGGCAGAGUCAAGUAAUGGCUACACACUCAACUUCAAUCUGUAUGUGGGCAAGUCACACACACCAAGCAUGCAUGGACUGUCGUAUGAUGCUGUCAUGGACCUCAUUCAGCCAUCACAUCUUGGGACAGGAUACCAUAUUUCUAUGGACAACUUCUACACAAGCCCCAAACUGUUCCUUGGUUUAGCUAACAUUAACUUUGGAGCCUGUGGUACCUACAGGGACAACAGGAAAGGGUGUCCUAGUAAAAGAGCAAAUGCCCUCAACAAAAAAUCCAAGAGAGGCACCAUAAGAUGGAUCAGAGAGGGCCCCCUGGUCUUUGUGAAGUGGAUGGACACACGGGAGGUGUCGCUGUGCUCCACAAUCCAUCCAGCAUUUUCUGGUAAGGCUGUCCAGAGGAGAGUGAAGGGUGGAGAUGGACACUGGGCAGUAAAAGACAUUCCCUGCCCUACCCCCAUCAUUGCCUACAACAAGAACAUGGGAGGGGUUGACCUGUCAGACCAGCUUCUCCAGUAUUACUCGACCCAUCGCAGAACUGCUCGCUGGUACCGUACACUGUUUCUGCACUUUGUGGACAUCGCUACAACAAAUGCCUACAUCCUACACUGUGAGAUAAGCCACACACAACAGGUUCAGCACAUGACACACAAGAACUUCCUGGAAGAACUGGUGUCCCAGCUGUGUGGAGUGGACAAGACAGGAGUUGCCAUCCAGAGGAGCACCGACCAUGUUCCUGUUGCCAUUGGCGUGGCUACAGAUGUCAAAGAGAAAGCCACACAAGGCCGCAGGAUCUGCCAUCGUUGCCAGCAAGUGGAGAAGAAAAGAAACCUCACACCAUGGAAAUGCAAGGCCUUAUGUUGA